GACCAGGCGGGGCGGAAGCCUCCGCCCGAACCGCGGCGGGAGCAGGUGGAGCCGCAGCAGGAGCCCUCCGGGCCGAGCGGAGGGAGGCGGUGGCUGGGCCAGGGCCAUGGAGCUGCUAAAGCUGAAUCGGAGCGCGCAGGGGUCCGGAACCGGGCCGGGGGCUUCCCUGUGCCGCCCGGGGGGGGCCCUCCUCAACAGCAGCGGUGCGGGCAACCUCAGCUGCGAGCCCCCUCGCAUCCGCGGAGCCGGGACACGAGAACUGGAGCUGGCCAUUAGGGUCACCCUUUAUGCAGUGAUCUUUCUGAUGAGUGUUGGAGGAAAUGUGCUCAUCAUCGUGGUCUUGGGACUGAGCCGCCGCCUGAGGACUGUCACCAACGCCUUCCUGCUCUCACUGGCAGUCAGCGACCUCCUGCUGGCUGUGGCUUGCAUGCCCUUCACCCUCCUGCCCAAUCUCAUGGGCACGUUCAUCUUUGGCACAGUCAUCUGUAAGGCGGUUUCCUACCUCAUGGGGGUGUCUGUGAGUGUGUCCACACUGAGCCUCGUGGCCAUCGCCCUGGAGCGAUACAGUGCCAUCUGCCGACCACUGCAGGCACGCGUGUGGCAGACGCGUUCCCACGCAGCUCGUGUGAUUAUAGCCACAUGGAUGCUCUCUGGACUGCUCAUGGUGCCCUACCCAGUGUACACCGCGGUGCAGCCAGCAGGAGCCUCCCGUGUGCUGCAAUGCGUGCAUCGCUGGCCCAAUGCACGUGUCCGCCAAACCUGGUCGGUACUGCUGCUCCUGCUUCUGUUCUUCGUCCCGGGUGUGGUUAUGGCUGUGGCCUACGGACUCAUCUCCCGCGAGCUCUACUUAGGGCUUCGCUUUGAUGAAGACAGUGACAAUGAGAGCCAGAGCCGAGUCCGAAGCCAAGAAGGGCUGCGGAAUGGGACGGGACCCGGUCCCGCCCACCCGACUGGGCGUUGCCGGCCGGGGAAUGGGCUGGCUGGCGAGGACGGUGACGGCUGCUACGUGCAGCUUCCGCGCUCCCGGCAGACCCUGGAGCUGUCCGCGCUGACCGCGCCCACUCCUGGGCCAGGAUACGGCCCCCGGCCCUACCAGGCCAAGCUGUUGGCUAAGAAGCGCGUGGUGCGGAUGCUGCUGGUGAUUGUUGUGCUUUUUUUCCUGUGUUGGUUGCCACUGUACAGCGCCAACACGUGGCGUGCCUUCGACAGCUCUGGCGCACACCGCGCACUUUCAGGGGCGCCGAUCUCUUUCAUCCACUUGCUCAGCUACGCCUCAGCCUGUGUCAACCCCCUGGUCUACUGCUUCAUGCACCGUCGCUUUCGCCAGGCCUGCCUUGAGACGUGUGCCCGCUGCUGCCCCAGGCCUCCACGCGCUCGUCCCAGGCCUCUUCCCGAUGAGGACCCUCCCACCCCUUCCAUUGCUUCCCUGUCCAGACUGAGCUACACCACCAUCAGCACACUAGGGCCUGGCUGAGGCGCAGAGGAGGAGUGAAGGCUGAGGCGGGACACCCCCAUUCCUACAAGCAGGGACCCAUCCAGACACACAAGAGACACACACCCACUGAGACCCAAAAGCAUGGACUAAUCCCAGUGCUCCUGCACAUGCACACACACGCACAGUUGGCUUACCUGACACAAACCAAACUCCCACACGGGAAAUUAGGUACACUCUUGAUCUGGGACUGAGCCCGGCACACACAAACAUGGCACUGACCUUAGACAUACACACACACAGCAUCCCUAGCAAUGGACUAUCUGUACUUAGCGUAAACGCACGGAGGCUGGCCUGCCUCUCAUAUACACACAGUAAUGGCACUGAUGCUUUAAGGCUCCGGAGCCCGGCACGGUACCAAGUCCUGAGAUGCUCCAGGCCACCCUCACUUUGACCUCACAGUGCCCUUCCCCAUUUCAGCACUGAAAAUACCACCCAGCCUAAUCUCACACCUCCUUGACCCAACAGGCUGUUCUGCACUGAAAAGUCCCUUCAUUCCUUUCCAGUUCCAUUCUAUAGCCCUGCCCCUCUUCCCUCACCCAAACUCUUUGAGAAAUAAAAAUGACUUGGCUUCCUCCUGAA